CUUCAUUUAUUUAUGUAUUAACUUAUUAACUAACGAGAUCUAAUGUUACCCUAGCCAUAUCAAAUUAUUCCUUUGUUUACUGUUUUCAGAUCCACAUGGAGGACUAUUGGUGGUGUUUUAGAUUAUGGACCCAGCCUUGACCAAGUGAUACAGCAAUACACUGAAGUGAUUGGAAGAACAUUUAUGCCACCGUAUUGGGGUUUGGGAUUCCACCUGUGUAGAUGGGGAUAUGAAACUGUUGAUGGUACAAGAAAAGUCACUGACAGAAUGAGAAAUGCCAAAAUACCACAGGAUGUACAGUGGAAUGACAUUGACUACGCUGUAGCCUACAAAGAUUGCACUUUAAAUAAGAAAGUAUUUGGGGAUUUACUAAAAUUCAUUGAUGAACUUCAUAACAAUGGCCAACACUAUAUACAUAUCGUGGAUCCUGGUAUUGCCGCUGACAGUGCCCCUGGUACAUUCGAUCUUGGUAAAAAAAUGGACAUCUUAAACUGAAUGGAAAAUACAUAGAAGGAAAGGUUUGGACCAAUGUUACCGUGUUUCCAGACUUUAUAAAUCCUAGGACUAGUGAAUGGUGGUACCAGAUGAUUUCAGAAUGGUAUAAAAAAGUACAUUUUGAUGGACUCUGGAUUGUGAGUUAUACAUAUUUUUACAAUACACUGCUAGUAUAAAAUACAGCAAGAAAGUGUAAAACAGUGUUUUCAGUAGUAG